CUUGUACGUACUUCGUUUCCAAUAAAUAAAUAUGUUAAAAAUAUAAUGCAAAGUUAGUAAGUGAAGAAAUAUCAAGAUCCAAAAUGGAUAUGAAGAUAGAGUUCAAUGACACUGAUGAAUCCCCGAUAGUUCCUCCUAACAGUAUAGGCGCAUGGAGUAUUAAGAAUGACACUUCAGUGCUGAUCACAGACCCACAGCCGAGUGGAUCUCAUAGGAAAAUUAUUAGGCGAUGGAAUCGUUUGUCGAGAUUACAACGAUCAAUAGUUUAUGCACUAUUCGUGAUAGCAGGAACUGUCCUAGUGAUGUUUUAUAUCUCGAAAGUUUCUGCAGCUAAUGUAAAUAAGAUAAAUAAUAGUGAGUUAGCCCAAGAAACACUAAAAAAUUUGUCUCUAGUCAAUGAACAAGUAGCUGAGGCCGCUAUAUCAAAAAAGACUGUUAUAAACGAUGAGAAAGCUGAAAGACCUAUGUUUACAGGACCUAUCAAUGCUCGUCAAUAUGCCGUUGUGGAGAGCUUCAAACAUGCUUGGCGUGGUUAUAAGGAGCAUGCGUGGGGCCACGAUAAUUUGAAACCAGUCUCUGGGAUGGCCUUUGAUUGGUUCUCUCUUGGACUUACCAUUGUCGAUUCUUUAGACACUGCUUACAUUAUGGGACUGAAUGACGAAUUUGAAGAAGGCAAACAAUGGAUUCAGAACGAACUGGUUUUCACAAAGAAUAAAGAUGUUAACUUCUUCGAAGUGACCAUUCGUGUUUUGGGAGGUUUGCUGUCUUGUUACCAUUUUACACAAGAUCGUAUGUUCCUGACUAAAGCUAUUGACCUCGGAGACCGCCUGAUGGCUGCUUUCUCCUCACCUUCCGGUAUACCGUACUCCGACGUGAAUCUUGGUGAAAGAACAGCUCAUGCACCAGAAUGGUCUCACUACAGCACUACUGCGGAAGUGACUACAGUGCAAUUGGAGUUCAGAGAGCUGUCUCGUGCCAGCAAUAAUCCUGGAUUUGAGGAUGCUGCCGCAGCGGUCUCGGAGAAAAUCCAUCAUUUACCGAAGAAGCAUGGUUUGGUGCCGAUAUUUAUAAACCCAAACACUGGCCAUUUUCUGCCGCACGCCACCAUUACGCUUGGAGCUAGGGGGGACAGCUAUUACGAAUACUUACUUAAACAAUGGCUGCAGACCGGAAAAACCAUUAACUAUUUAUUGGACGAUUACUUGACCGCUAUCGAAGGUGUCCGCAACUUCUUGGCAAAGCGAUCGUCGCCAAACAAACAUCUGUUCAUUGGUGAACUAUCGGCAGGGUCAGAGGUGAGGUAUCUUCAUUAUUUGCUCAAUACUUGA